AUGCCAGGGCGACUGCCCACCCACGCCGACUUUCCCUCGUCGGUGAAGCUGACCGUUACGCCCGCUCCCUCUGCGCAGCAACCGACCAACGUCCUCGUCCUACUUCACGGCCUCGGCGAUACGAAUGUCUCCUUCACGCGCCUAGGACAGCAGCUCCACCUCCCCGAGACAGCAUGCGUCGCUGUUCAAGCACCGGCUCCGCUGCCCUUCGACCUCGGCGGCUUCCACUGGGGCGACGACAUGGUCUUUGACCCGAACACGGGUGAGAUGGACAUGGACACCGGUUUCAAGGCAUCGACGCGGGUAGUACUCGACAAGGUGAUUCGUGAAGGCCUGGUGGGCAAGUGCGGCUACCAGCCCCGCGAGAUCAUGCUCUUUGGCUUUGGGCAGGGAGGCAUGGUCGGCCUGCAGUCUGCUGCGGAGCUGGAGGGCGAGGAGCUCGGCGGUGUGGUCAGCGUUGGCGGGAGACUGCCUGCUUCGCUGUCGCUGAAGGGCCAAAAGAGCAGGACGCCAGUCUUGAUCUGCCGGGCGUCGAGGGCGUCGGCGGUCACGGACGGCGCCGUGUCGAAGCUGAAAGACGCCUUCGAGUUUGUCGAGAUCAAGGACUGGAAGAAGAACGGCGACAGUAUGCCAAGCAGUCGCGACGAGAUGAUGCCAAUCAUGCAGUUCUUCGCCCGCAGAUUGAGAAGCACAAAGGGCGUACCGGCUGGGAGUGUUGCACUCAACUGA